AUGGAACGAUACGCUAAAGUUUUCAUGGCUCCACGCAAGCCUGGUCCGGGCGACAAAGGCGUUUCCAUCUUCCUCGCGGGAAUAACAACGAGCACCGAGGAGCCUGACUGGCGAGAAGUUCUGACAAACGACUUGAUGAAUCACCAAGUGACAAUUUUGAAUCCAGACAGGCCGGAUUGGGAUAGCACGUGGAAGGAGGAUUUCUCAGACAGGCGAUGGGAGGAGCAGGUUUGGUGGGAGCUUGACAUGCAGGAGGCUGCAGACAUCAUUGUAUUCAUGUUCCACCCUUCAACAGAUGCCCCGAUCAGUCUUAUGGAGCUUGGUUUAGCCGUCAAGUCAAAGUCAAAAAGGAUUAUUGUGUGUGCCCAGGAUGGCUACAGAAAGAAGGGGAAUGUUGAAGCCGUUUGUAGAAGAUUUGGGGCAAAGUUCGUGAACACAGGCAACGAACUUAGAGAUGCCAUCAUUGCGACUCUGGAGGAUGGUCACAAAUGA